CUAAAUGUGAAUCAAAUGAAGGGGUUUGUGAUGGACAACGAGCAAAGAAUAAUUAUUUGAAUGGAAAACGGCGGUAUUAUCAUCUACUAGACGCGUAUAUAUAGCCCUGCCCGCAUAUGAAAACUUUAUCUCAACUACUGACUGUUGAUAUUAUAUAUCUAGUACGGCUAAUAUUUUACUAUUCGUGUACGGUACGGACUCAACACAUACAAACCUCAAGCCCCCUGCCUCUAGCCUCACUAGCGCAAGCGACAAACUCUUACAACAAAGAACACAAAACAUCUUCCACUUUUUUUCUCUCUCCCCUUCCCUUCCCUUCCCUUCCCUUCCCUCUUUUCCCUCUACACACGCUCAAUUUCAACGGUACUCUCCCGAAAAUCCUUCAUCAGUGUCAAGACAAUUAAUUCUACACUCAAUUCAAAUAUCUUCUUCUUCUUCGUACGGUCGAUUUUAUCGAAAGGGAUCACUUCACUUUGAAAAAGGCGGAGAAUCAAACACGAAGCAUUUGUUUUCGUUAUUGAACAUUCGAUCGAUAUAGGAUUUAGCUCAAUAACCCAACAGAGAGCAGCCUUGUUCCUUUUUCUCCACAAAUUUCUCGCACAGUCACCGCCCCACGCACAACGAACAGCAUCAUUCUCGAGAUUUUCGAAGAACCCAUUCGAUCCAUCUUCAUCAAGACAAUUUCCCAUCAAAAGGAUUUAGUCUCGACAUUCAAGGCAAACUCGAAUCCAAUCCCUCAAGGCAUUCCGCACGACAAAGAAGACUUUACAAUUUACAACCAUUCUGUUACCGAAAAAGAAUUUUACUGUGACUUUCAUUAGCCAUGGCAAUUCCGACACAGUUUGCAUACAGAACACUGAAGGGGAUUGGCAUUUUGGAUGCCGCGCCCGUCUAUCAACCUUUGCCUGGUUUCCAGAAACCCGAAGGUAACUCUCGCUGCUGUACCUACUCGCCAUGCGGUCGGUACUUUGCUUGGGCUUCCAAUGACGGGGUGUCCGUCGUUGAUGCGUUCGCCGGCCACAUCAUCACUAGCCUUCCCACACCAAACGUCUACGAAUUGGGGUUCUCUCCUCGUGGAACAUACAUCAUCACUUGGGAGAGACCUUCGAAGGAUGAGAAUGGUGAUGCGGUCAAGAAUUUGAAGAUUUGGCGUACGGUGGAGGAUGUUGCGGAGGGAGCUGAGAAGGAGGUUGUUGGGAGAUUUGUGCAAAAGUCGCAAACUGGUUGGAACCUUCAGUACACUUUCGACGAGAAAUAUUGCGCCCGAAAUGUUACGAACGAGGUCCAAUUCUACGAGAGCGGCGAUUUGCGUACAGUUUGGAAUAAGCUUCGUGUGGAGGGUGUUGCGGAUUUUGCUAUUUCUCCAGGCAACAACUAUUCUGUAGCAGUUUUCAUUCCAGAGCGCAAGGUAUGUAAUAUUCAACUCGGAAUUGAGAAUUUAGCUAAUGAAUUAAUUUCAGGGUCAACCAUCUGCCGUCAAAGUUUUCAACGUUCCACAAUUCGACGCCCCGGUAUCACAAAAGACAUUUUUCAAGGGCGACAAAGUUCAAUUGAAAUGGAAUCAAUUGGGUACAACCUUGAUUGUUCUCGCCCAGACAGAUGUUGAUAAGUCAAACAAGAGUUAUUAUGGAGAGACUACAUUAUAUGUGCUGAGCGCAAAUGGUGGAUUUGAUUCUAGAAUUACUCUUGAUAAGGAGGGGCCGAUUCAUGAUGUUUCUUGGUCACCAAACUCGAAAGAAUUUGGUGUCAUUUAUGGAUAUAUGCCAGCAAAGACAACUAUCUUUAACCAGAGAGCUGUUGCAACUCAUACAUUCCAACUUGGUCCCAGAAACACGAUUUUGUUCUCUCCUACUGGUCGAUUUGUUUUGGUUGCCGGUUUCGGAAACUUAGCUGGUCAAAUGGAUAUCUACGAUCUCGAAAAGGAUUACAAAAAGAUUUGUACUAUUGAAGGUGGAAAUCCUAGUGUUUGCGAGUGGAGUCCUGAUAGCAAGUAUAUCUUGACAGCUACAACCAGCCCUAGAUUGCGAGUUGAUAAUGGUGUUCGAUUAUGGCACGUUUCAGGUGGGAUUAUGUACAACGAGGAUAUGGUCGAAUUAUACCACGUUACAUGGAGACCACAAAGCGCCGAAAGUUUCCCGGCCGGAGAUUUCUUGAAUCCAGUGCCUCAACCACACCCAUCGGCUGUCGCUUACCUGGGUACAGUCAAGACCCCAUCCAAGCCAGCAGGAGCUUAUCGUCCUCCCGGAGCACGUGGUCAAGCUACACCGUCUCAUUUCAAGCGUGAAGAUGAAGGUGGUUCUGCCCAUUUUGUUAGCAAUGGUACAUCAAUGGUCAACACCAAUGGAUUUGGUCGAUCUCGUAGACAAGUCCCGGGUGCUGAUCUAUCCGAGAACUCUGUCCCAGGAGCCGCACCAGCCGCUCCAGGUGCCGUUGAAGACGAAAACCUUUCCAAGGCCGCACUCAAGAACAAAAAGAAGCGCGAAGCAAAGAAAGCAAAGGAUGCCGAAGCUAAAGCAGGUGGUCUUGGUGCCGGAACCCCAGAUGCACCAAGAGGUCCAGGUGGUGAUCGUAGCCCGGACCGAAGAGAUCGUCAACGUAGUCGCUCAAAGAGUAGCAACAAUAUACGCUCUCCAUCCCAAUUCCGAACUCAUGGUAAUGGUGGCCCUCACAACCUUCAUCAACACCCUCACACUCAUCAAAAUCAGCGUCAAAAUGGAGGUGUAUCUCUUAAUGGAGCUGGAGGUACUUCUACCGGUGCAGGUGGAAUGAAGAAUCUCUCAAUCAAUUCGAACCAAAAACCAAUCACUCCAACUCAACAGUUCUCAACUCCAGAAUUGUCAGUUACCAGCCCAGGUGGUGAUGGUAGCCCAUCAGCUAAGAAGAAGAGAGGAUUACAGAAGAAGAUCAGAGCGAUUGAGGAUUUGGAGAUGAGGAGAGCUGGAGGAGAGAAGUUGGAGGAUACACAGGUUAAGAAGAUCGCGACCAAAGGGGCCGUUCAAGCGGAGUUGGAUGCGCUUGACAGGGAAUAGAUUUUUGGUGGGAGGUGGUGGAUGUGGAGGAAGUGAUGAUGUAGAGAAUUGGGAAACAGACAAUGAUUCUUUGGAAAACUUUUCAUAUCAAUUCAUAUAUCAUGUUGAAAGUGGGUUAAGUCCAAGGAUGCGGACUUGUGGAUGGAUGAAUGGAUGGAUUGACAUGGCAGGCGUUGAGUCAUAAGUUAUGCAAGCGUUGAUGUUAAAGUUUGCAAUGUAUGAUGAAUGCCUUAGUAGUGGAUGGGUGCGUGCGGAUAAGAGAUAUAGUCGUCAGAGGACUAUAGCGAUUGAUACAUAGUACUAUACUAUAGAUAAGAGAUGAAUGAUGAAUGAAUACAUUUACAGUCGUA